GCAUGUUCUCAGUAGGCAGUGAAGAGAACCAUGGCAGGACGAGCCGAAGCAACAACAACAGUCGACACCAUCGAUGGACGGCACGAUUCCUUGGACUAGUACUGUUGGUCCUGUUGCAGCUUGAAUCGCAGGUGCACUUUCCGCCAGUUGCAGCCACACCGGAAGAUACAUCUUCCACCUCUGCUUCCCCUUCCUCCGCCACCUCCAGCUCCAGCACAUCUUCAUCACCCCGGGCAACACAGUCCGGUGUCGGUGCGACAUCCGGCUCCCAGUCCGGUUCGUCCUCGCUCAUAGACGGGAUCAUACUGGACGAGAACAGCUUGCUGCUGAGCGCGGGACCGAAAAUACUCAGCGAGGAAGCGGCAACCCAUCUGUUCUUUCAUCCGCCCCAGCUUAACUUUGCCGACCGAUCGAUCGGCGACCCGCACAACCAGCUGGUGGUGCUGUUUAAUAGGCACAAAAACCGUAGCGUCUAUCUAGGCUCCAUUUCGGGCAGUACGGCCGAAUUUUCCAGCUCGUACUUCAAGGAGAAGGUUAUUCCGCCCGGUGGCAACACCAGCUUCAACGUGGUAUUUCUCCCGCGGAAGCUGGGCCCGGCCGAUGGAUCCCUGCUCGUGCACACCUCGUUCGGUAUGCUCCGGUACGUUGUGCAGGGCGAAGGGAUCGAAUGUCCGUACCGGUUGCGGCCGCUCGUCGGGCUGCAGGCCCCCCUUAACGCAACCCUAUCGCCCGAGAUCACACUGUACAACCCGCACGACACACCGCUCCAGAUAGUGGAGGUGUACAGUAGCGGGGGCAGCUUUCAGCUCGAGCUGCCGAGCGGAGCACAGGAAGGCCCCCAGGCGCUGUGGGAAAUCCCGCCACACAGUACGCGCACGGUGAUAAGGGUGCGGUUUCAUGCGCGCACCCCCGGCAAUCAUAUCGCGUACGUACGGAUCAAGAUCUCAGGCGGAGCGGCCAACCCGUCGCUCGUCGAUAAGAUGCUAGUCGUGCCGAUCGAGGUAGAAAUCUCGAAGGAGACGGGAUUGUACUCGCGUAUACCAUUUCUCGAGCUGGGCAUCGCAUCGUCCCUGUCCGGGGCGGAGAUGGUAAGCAGCACAGCGGCAAGACGUACUACAACGGCGGCGACUGCACUGGCGGCAUCGGUAGACGACAGCGAGUUUGGACUGAGCGUACGGAAUGGGCGCAAUGUGACGCGACUCAGUCUGGACCUGUACAACUCGGGCAGUCAGGUGGUGAGGGUGAAGAGUUGGGUGGUGCAAGCGGAUGAUGUGGAAUCGGUACGAUGUUUGCAGGUGCUGGUGGCGGACGGACCUACACUGCAUGUAGAGUUCGAUUGGUCCAAGUUGUCAAGUGAUCGGCGACACAUAAGUGGCCGAAUAUUGCUUAAGCUAGAACGUAUACUUUCCUCGUCGGAGGAGGGAGAACAAGCGAUGGGAGAUGAGGAGGAAACGGAAGAGGAUGGAGACCAUCAUCAGCAACAGCACCAACAGGAGGAACUUCAGAGUCCAGAAGAAUCGACGAGUCGGAGUACGUACAAGUACGAACAAGGCGUUAUCCGGACAAGCACGAAUGAGUAUGAAGGUGGAACUGCUACUACCACAGAGGAAGGAGGAGCGGAAGGGGCGGAACGGGCAAAGGUUGUGCCGAGCGUCUACUAUAUACCGUUUGCCGGUGAGGUGCUUAAAGGAAGCAUCCAGUACAAUGAGGAAGCGUUACGGUUUCUGCUCCCUUCGUCACAGCACGAUCAAGGCACAUCCUCCGAUGGGAAGAUGGAUAAGGAAGAGGAGCGAGGACGGCCACUGGUCGUCCGGAAUCACUUCAACGUGCCAUUGUCCAUCACGAACAUUAGCGUACCUGAGAACUGUUCGCGAUAUUUCGCGAUCGAGAACUUCCGGCCGGUCGUGCUGCAGCCGAACGAUGAGCGCACGCUGCUACGGAUUCACCGAAUGGCCGGCGUUUACCACCGACUCCUAAACACCUACUUCACCUCGCUUCGGCUCGCGACCAACAUCAGCGACUACGAGCUGCCGGUGCUGGGGUACAGUGGACGGUUGGAGCGGUUACUGUCGCCCACGGUCCGGGACGCAUCGUUACUAACGCCGACCCGGCUUGUUCAACCGUCGAAGAUGGCGGUGGCGGAGGUGGACGGUGAUUCGCAGGAGCUAGACUUUGGCGUGCUGCCGAUCGCAACGAUCGGCGAGGCGCUAGUCGCGUUCCGCAACCCCAAUCCCAUCCCCAUACCGAUUAUCCACUGGAAGGGUGCGAUCACGUCGGAGGCGGCCGUUGGGGCGCCCACCAUCACGGUCAUUCUGCGGGGCUGUGGGCCGCUCCGGUUGGAUGGGUUGGUGUUUUGCCACACGGUGCAGCCGGGCGAGUGGAUCGUGUACCAGAUCAGCGUGCAGAGCGGCACGAUCGACAGCUACCAGGGUCGGUUCACGGUCAAGACGGACUACGAGGAGAUCGUGACGCCGCUUCGGUUUACCACGGCCGUCGGCGAGCUGCACCUGAUGCGUGAGCGAUUGCGCUUUGACGAUUGUUUUCCGGGGAAGCUAUGCUCACUGUCACUGUUGGCCGCCUCCAGCUUUCCGACCAAGAUCCAGAUCGAAAGUAUCCGAACGGAUGUGCCCGGUCUUAGCUACGAGUUCCUGUCGCCCGACAAGCAGCGACCGCUUGCACCGAACCAACCGGUCGCCCUCUAUCCGGACACGGUAACUAGCAUCGGUCGAUUAACGCUCGAUCCGAAGGCUCACUGUGGUCCGUCAGAUUGUUACAGUAGCUUCGAUCUGCUCUCGAAGCCGUUCGGCGUGAAGUGGAUGGCCACGUUAGAUUGUUAUGAGCAGUACAGGCGGCUCGAUAGUGAUAAACUGUUGCAGCAGCUACAGCAAUACGCGGAGAUGCGACAGCGGUUGACGAGCGUCCACUUUCAGGUGUUGGCCGAAUCGAGCCGAAGGUUCGAUUUUAAUGCAAGCGUCGGGUUGGUGUGGCCUAAACUGUUGGACGAGAAUGUGUUCUUCCCGACGCUCCAGGUAGAGCAGGAAGCAGUCCGACUGAUAACGAUCAACAAUCCCUCGGAUCAGAUACUGUUCGUGCAUUUGGUACUGCACGAUGUGGCCCUUCACGGUCGGCAACCUAUCGUGGACGGGGGUGGAGGUGCGGGUGGCGGUAUCAACUUACCUCCGGAGGUGUUAACCGCCUGUGACAACUGUACGCUGAGCGAGGAGAGCGUGUUUUCCUUCUUCCUGUUCGACAGUGACGACAUCUACGUCAACUACGUGAAACCUCAAUCGUUUCUGCGGAUCGCGAUUAAGUUCAGUGCCCAGCUGCCCGGCACCUACUCGACCGUCCUGUACAUGCGCAACAAUCUCACACUAAUUGAUGCAGCCUGGAUACAGGCACGGGCCGUAGUUCCGCUCUUCAAAUUCGGCAAUCGGCGACCCGGCUCACCAACGGCACUUCAGUUUGAAAUCACGGAAAAGCAUGCUCAACCAUGUUACGAUCGGUAUUAUCGACAGUUGCGUUCUGAGGGCCGGUUGCGGGAGUACGAAAUAGACGCCGAAGGUCAUCGGCAUGAAGUGGUGCGGCAGGAUGAGGAGGCGGCGUCGACGGGUGCAGAGAAAGAGAAGAAGGACUUUAUGGUGGAAACGAGACGAACGUUUACGGCUCGCAACUAUGGCGAGGUACCGAUCCUGGUAUCCGCCAUCCGUAUCGAGGAAACACCGUGCGAAGGUUUCGGCUUCAAGGUGCUGGACUGCACGCCGUUCGAGCUCGCGCCAAACGCUAGCCGAAAGAUUGAGAUUGCGUUUGCGCCCGACUUUACGCUCUCGCGCGUCGUACGCACCCUGCACUUUGACACGAACAUUAAUCAGUUUUCGGUGAACUUUACGCUGCUGGGCACGGUACCAAUGCACCGGUUGGAUGUGUGUAAUCGGGCUCUACCACGGCCCUGGUUCGAGUACUGGUUCCGAGCGGUGCUGUUUGUGGUGCUGCCGACCGUAUUGUUCGGAACGCUGGCCGUCGCUGUGCUCGACUCGAACCGUGUUCUGAGGAUCCAUUUUUUGAGCCUCGUGCGCGAGAAAGGUCCGCUGCAGCCGCCGCUUGAUCUACGGCAGAUUGCUCUACAACACUCGAACAGUAACAGUGCGGAAAUGGCAGGAAAUACUGGUGGAGGGAAGGAAUCCACCGGACGAGUGACUGUUGGAUCGGCGAGUCACAACGGUAGUGUACUCAACUCUUCCUCCACGGUGAUAUCUCGAAACAACCGUAAGCCGGAACGUAAAAAUGGAACACACUCAAAGGGUACCGGAGGAGUAGGAGGAGGAGCAUUCCAGAACGGAAGUGCGAGCAGUGUAGCGUCUUCGGGGGAAAGCGCGUCCAGUCGAUUCAAUCGUAGUUGGACGGAUUUUACAAUAAAGCUUGGUGCGACGGCCAAACCCAUUCUUGCUGCUUCACCCACUGGUCAGAAGGCGUUGUCUGGCUCACUGCUGGAAAGAGCUCUUCCUGCAUCCCUGUCCAAGAGUCGUCGCUCAAUAACUCCGUCGAAAGACCAGCAGCAGCAGCAGUCACAAAGUUCGGAAGUGAACUCCCAACCGGCACCAACCACUAGCGAUAACACUGGAGCACCAACCAAAGACAGAACGAAAGCAUCAUCCCCAACGUCCAUAUCCGAAACGGAAAGCCUGAAAAACGUGAAGAAUGGACCGCUGUUCGGUGGGAAAUCGGGAUCACCGAGCAGCACUUCAACCAGUGACUUAACCGGCGUGCUUGAAUCAAAUUCAACCGCCAGCAGCAAGCAACAUCACCAUUCGACUUCGUCGUCGUCCUCGCUAUCAUCAUCGUCCUCAUCAUCGGUGACCGCAGCAGAAGAACAACCAGUCGACGUGCGGCACAUUUCGUCCACCACCGGUUCGAUGUCCCUUUCUUCCUCCUCAACCUGCUCAUCGUCAUCAUCAUCAUCCUCCGGGUCAUCUACGACAUCCUCGUCGUCUUCGUCACCAUCACCAACGUCGAAGCAGCAACACUAUCAUCAAUCGAAGCAACAGUCCGCAACAACAACUCCAGCGACAGCAACCACCAAAACGAGCGUCAAGAAAACGAAAAGCUUACCACCGGCCGUGAGCUAUGAAUCGGUGGUAGUCUCAUUAGCAUCGGUGUUUGCCGUCACCAGCAGCGAACUAGCGCGGUCGGGCAACACCAUCACAACCUAUACUAGUCAGAAACCGGCGGCGGAAGUAACUACAUCGACGGUGGUCACAAAUUCCUCCAUAGCGUCACCCACUGCUGCGAAGGAUGGCGUCCAGAUGUCGUCCAAGGAAACGGCGCCAAGUAAGGUACGCACAGGAGCAUCCAUCGGUGCUAAUGGGAAGCAACUGCUGAGUGCAUCAAAUGGAAAUGGAACCACAAAGUCCUCGGUGACUUCCGCCAACAAACAGCAAGAAUCGUCAGUGAACUGUAUGAAGACGGGCAGUGAGAAGAUCAACCCUUUCAGUGGUGCAUCCGGAACAGCGGACAGUGUUGGAAAGGAAAACAGCUCCAGUGGCAACAUCAUCAGCCAACAGGAGAAACUAACCAUCGGAAAUGGAAAUAGCACACAGGCUAUCGAAUCGUCACUGCAGCAGCAGCAUCAGCCACAAUCGAAGAAGUUCAGCAAAACACCUGGCCGUGAGCGGAAACCGAACCAAAGCAAGAAAGGCACGAACGGCGGUAAAGGAGGAACUGCGACGGGUUAUAAGGGAACGGCGCUACAGUUUAAUACCCCCGCUCAGCAACAGCACAAAUCGAUCACGCUUGGCACACUGCUGCAGAAUGCUUCCGUACCAGUGCCGUCGACCGGUGCCACGGUUUGGGGAGAAAACUGUGCCCGAUUUAGUGAUGUCGUUGCCCAAACUCCGGCUAUUACUACUUCUACGAAGUCGCUGGCAGGUGGAAAACAAUCCACGGUUAGUUCCAUCAUGGAAGCUUUGCCAUGGCUUUCGGCGGUUUCCGGCAGCAGUCAAUCCGCUGAUAAGUCGCUAAACCAUGCACGUUCUCAUGCAAAUAAUGCGAGUUACGGAACAAGUUCGGCGGUUUCAACUGCUACAGGAAGUGCUCAAAACUAUCGAAAAUCGUUGCAUUCGCAUCAGGAUUCUAUGACCAAUGGGCUAACUACUUCCAACACGAGUGGAUCGAAUCGGACGGAACAAAAAGCAAAGGACGAUAGCUAUAUCGGAGGUACACUCGAGAAGGAAUGUUCUGCACCGUUUGUUGCUACCAGUGCAUCGCCCGAUCUUGGACCUAUUGGAACGUCGAAGAAAUCGCCUACCGGUGCGAACGGUGCCGAUGGCGACGGGGAGGAAAUCGAUGGAAUGAUGGGUCAUAUGGGAAGACUUGGAUCGAAUGUGGCCAACUGCUGGGAACCGUUUGUUGGUCCCGUCAUCCACAAUCCGUCACAGCUGGCGAGCGGCGGUUCCGGCUGUGAUUCUGGUGGUAAAACGAUGAACGGUGGUGGCCAACAGUCGGAUAGUUUUUUCUCGCAAUCGUUUGCCGAUUAUCCGCACCGUCAGAGUGAUCAGUACCGGGGCAUUGCUUCGAUGGCGCGAGGUUCGACUGGGAUGAUGAAUGGUAUCACUACGUCGUCGUUACUUUCGAUUGCUGCUGGGCAUCCGUUUACUACGGCUAAUGGUGGUGCUAAUCAACAAACGGAGGGUAGUGCUGGUAGUUCAGGAGGCACUGUUGAGAAUGAUUUUAUGGAAGCUCACUUCCAUUCUUCCGGUCAGCAGCAGCAGCAGCAGCAUCUGCAACAUCAGCAACAUCAGCAGCAACACAAUAACCAUCACCACGGUGGUUGGAACAACACGAGCACAAUGGAUGAUGGACAUCUGUCGCAAUGGUCACUAUCUUCGCACAAACCGUUGUCCUCUACGCAGUCGAGCGGUAUGAAUCAAAGCUGGCGCUCGACGGAUCUUUGGAACAAUCUGAACGCUCAACAUCAGUAUCAACAACAGCAGCAACAACAACAAAUGGCGUACGAAUCGGUCCUUCACUUUCAUUCUCAACUGGCAAUGGCUGCGGCAGGAGCUAAUCAGCUUCCGGGGACUUCUCAUCCGCUUCAGCAGCACCAACCGCAACCAGUUCCGGAUGUUCGGCUUGCUCAUCGUGCUUCGAAUCUUAACGAUGCGUGGCUAGGUUCGGGCGGAAUGACUUCCGGUCAGACAACCGUAGCUCCACCGCCUGGUUUUUCCAAUCAUCACGGUUUAUCGUCGAGUCGGAUUGUUUAUCAAGAUCAUCAGCAGCAAGCUUACAACAUGCUUCUUCAGCACCGAUUCCAACAGCAACAACAGCAGCAGCAGCAGCAAUCGCAACAACCACAACAACCACAACAACAACAGCUUAUCCGUCAACUUUCAUCCGAAGAGCCUUCCGGUGCUUCUUCAAGUGGUAGUGUUUCGGCAUCCUCUACGGUUGACUCAUCCUCUGGUGGGCAGACAUCGGGCGCAACGGCAGUAGCAUCAUCAACAACUUCAACAUCCGGAACAUCAACUUCCGGAUCCUCGUCGUCGACUUCCUCGACGUACAACCCGUUUCAGCUGCCAUCGAUCUGGUCUCCUGCCAACAAUAUCGAUGUGUGGGCUGCAUCUGCUGGACCGUCGGAGGAACUAUAG